AUGCUGCGGUGUCUCACCUGUGCUUUCUUAACCGCAGCGCUGGGCGUCUUUUUCGUGCAACUCGGAUCUGAUGCCGCGAUGGCACACGCUGCUGAGGACACGCCUUUGUCUUUGCAAAUCGAAAAGGCGAGGUUCAGCGAUGCUGAACCUCGCUACUCAUUUACGAGUGUACAGAAACUGAACACGCUGAAGGUUCUGCAGGCGUUUGCUGGCGCGAUGCCGUCACUGGGGUGGACCGGGACAGACUUCUGCAAGUGGGCGAGUGUGACAUGCUACCAGUCGACUGUCCUAUUUACGGUCAGCGGCACCAGCGUGAAAGGCACGCUUCCUGAUUUACCCGAUGCUGUUGACUACUCGCACGUGAUGAUCACAGCCAUCAACUUGUUUGAUCAGAAGUCCUCGAUCAGCGGCACGCUGCCGAGCAGCUGGGGAAAGCUGCAGCACCUCGUCACCCUUAACAUGGGAUCCACUAGCGUGUCUGGCACUCUCCCUGCGUCAUGGGGCUCGCUGCGUGCGGUAACGUUCAUUUCACUCCCGAAAACGUCAAUCUCCGGCUCGCUGCCCGCCUCGUGGAGAUCGAUGAGUUCUCUCGCCACGUUGAUCUUGUACGACACUCAGCUCAGCGGUGCUUUGCCGCCGGCGUGGAGCUCCAUGGCUUCCAUGGGCAUUCUCCAACUGCAUCAAAACCGGUUCACUGGUAGCCUCCCGGCGUCAUGGGCGCAGAUGCCUGAAUUGAGAAGGCUCUCGCUGAUCGCCAACAACUUCUGCGGCUGUGUCCCUGACUCGUGGAGGCGAGCGUCCUUCCGGGUGACUGUCGACCCCCAAAACUAUGCCGCCAACUGCGCCACGGCUAACUCCUGCGACCCGACGACCACGACGACCGAGGCGCCGACGACCACGACGACCGAGGCGCCGACGACCACGACGACCGAGGCACCGACGACCACGACGACCGAGGCACCGACGACCACGACGACCGAGGCACCGACGACCACGACGACCGAGGCGCCGACGACCACGACGACCGAGGCGCCGACGACCACGACGACCGAGGCACCGACGACCACGACGACCGAGGCGCCGACGACCACGACGACCGAGGCGCCGACGACCACGACGACCGAGGCACCGACGACCACGACGACCGAGGCACCGACGACCACGACGACCGAGGCGCCUUCUGAGUGCGAGGUGCCGCAUUGUAUUACCUGCGUUCGCGGAAACCCGACGCGGUGUGAUGUGUGCGCAUCUGGCUACAUGGUAACUGCAGCGCAAUGGUGCAUGAAGCGGCCCAGCGCUGAUUUGGCUUCGUCGCCGUCGAUGACGGCGUUCAACGCGGCUGCGUCCCUUGGUGUGCUUGCCGCGGUUCUCUUGUCGAUGUAG